AAAAGAAAAGAAAAGAAACCAAAACAAACGCAGGCGAGCCCGAGUCCCCCGAAGGCAGGCGAGGGAGGCGAACUGCGGGCGGCUGCUCGGCGGUGCUGGACCCGGUGAGACGCGGCAGGAAUCCCGAUUCUCUCUCCGGCACCCGGUCGGGUCGGACACAAAGUGCUGUCCAGCUGGAAUGAAUAUAUCUGAGUCUAACUACUGCCGAGAGGAGAUAUCGCAACCCCGGGGCGACUGUUCAUGGGUCACCGCCGCCGUGCCGGCCGCUGAGCCCGGGCUCGCCUUCCCGCGCCCCCCGGGAGCCGCCUCCCCCGCCAGCCGCACGCCCAGCCCCGAGCCCGGCUUCGCCUUCGGCCCCGGCCCCGGCGGCGCGGCCCCCGGCGCGGCCCCCAGCCGCACGCCCAGCCCCGAGCCGGGCUAUGGAUACAGCCCCCCGGCCGGCCGCCCCGAGGGCAAGGCCGCCGAGGACUCCCGCAUCCGCCGGCCCAUGAACGCCUUCAUGGUCUGGGCGAAGGAUGAGCGCAAGCGGCUGGCUCAGCAGAACCCCGACCUGCACAACGCCGUGCUCAGCAAGAUGCUGGGCCAGUCAUGGAAAGCGCUGAGCGCCAGCGACAAGCGUCCCUUCGUAGAAGAGGCAGAGCGACUGCGAAUCCAGCAUCUCCAGGAUCACCCCAACUACAAAUACCGCCCAAGGAGAAAGAAGCAAGCCAAGAAAAUCAAGAGGAUGGAACCCAAUAUCCUCCUGCAUAACCUUUCCCAGCCUUGCAGUGACAACUUCAGCAUGAGUCACCAUGGCGGCAGCCAGCCGGGCCACCCCCAGCCUCCCCCACUUAACCACUUCAGAGAACUCCACUCCAUGGGGUCGGAUAUUGAAAACUAUGGCUUGCCAACUCCUGAGAUGUCUCCCUUGGAUGUCUUGGAACAGACCGAGCCGGCGUUUUUCCCUCCUCACAUGCAGGAUGACUGCAACAUGAUGCCCUUUCGCGGCUACCACCACCAUCACCAGAUGGAGUUUCCCCAGGAGAAGUGCAUGGGGCGGGACGUGGCCGUGCCCUACACGCAGACCCCCUCACACUUGGCCGACGCCAUGAGGACUCCCCAUCCCUCCAGCCUUUACUACAACCAGAUGUGCUCAGGAACUCAGAAUGGGCUUUCUGCCCACCUGGGCCAGCUGUCGCCCCCGCCUGAAGCCCACCACAUGGAGAGCGUGGAUCACUUGAACCAAACCGAGCUCUGGACAGACGUUGACCGCAACGAGUUUGACCAGUAUUUGAACAUGAGCAGGACUCGUCCCGAAGCCUCGGGCCUCCCUUACCAUGUGUCCCUGUCCAAAGUGACUCCUAGAAGCAUCUCCUGCGAGGAGAGCAGUUUGAUAUCUGCCCUGUCCGAUGCCAGCAGUGCUGUUUACUAUAGCCCCUGCAUCACCGGUUAGGUUGACCCCACCAUCCAAUGCGCACACCAGGAGAGCCCCGACUCUCCUCUAAAAACAAAAAGCCAUCCUCCUUUAACCACGAGCUCCAUCAUAUUUAGAGUAUCUCAUUAAAUGCAUCGCUUUCUUGUUUGUUCUUUUUUAUUUUGAUUUUUUUUAAAAUUUUUUUUUUUAGAGACAGACCAUGCUGAACUCACUGAUAUACCGUAUAACUAUAUAACACAGAUAGACGCCUUUCCCCGCCGUGCUCCCCGCUCCAGCCCUCGGCAGGGCACACCUCCAGCACCCGCCAGCUCCAAAGGGCAUUUUCAAGCCAAUUCCAGUAAAUCCUGCCUGAAACAAUCACAUCAGGAUGAGCCAAGGUGUGACCUGUCCCCAGUAUUUAACCCAAGGAACAGGCAAACUUUUAGAGGGAAAAAGCUUUUAGAAAGACUUUGCCGGGGCUGUUAAAGAGUCGGCGCCCAUUAGGGGUGGGCUUUAGGACAGUUUUUACUGUAUUCUCAGCAAUAUAUUUUAAUUGGGCAACAAAACUAUAUUUUUACUAAGCAUUUUUAUAUAUAAAAU